AUGCCUAUUACCAUCGAACCAUGCAAAUACGAUGAUGCAGAGACGAUGAUCAUCACAGGAGAGGCCGCCUUCGCUGAAGACGCCCUCAACAACGCAAUCUUCGAUCCCAAGCAAGGCACACCGGAAGAGGCGUUCGAAUAUCGCAACUGGCGGAUCACGAUAACCAAGCAAAGAUUAAGUGGUGAGGGCAAGUACUAUUUCAAGGCCAUGGACGACUCAAAUGGCCGGCUUGUUGGGUACAUCGGGCUGGUGGACCCUAAAGUAGACAUUCACGCGCAGUCGAAGGCACCACACCCAGAUUUUGUGAACAUGGAGUUCUUCGAGCGUGUGCAUGAACGGAUCGAAGAGGCGAAGAGGAAGUGGGUUGGUGGACGGGAAGAUGUGUGGUAUGUAGCGUCGAUGUGCGUGCAUCCGGACUACCAGGGCCAAGGAAUCGCCAAACGUCUGAUGCAACGAGGGCUGGAGGAAGUUGACAAGGUCAGGGAGGAGGUCAUGCUCGAGGGUACGGCAGCGGCGCUGAAGCUGUAUCGUAGCUGUGGGUUUGAGCUGUUGGAGGAGAUAGUGUUGUUGGAUGGUCGAUGUACGUUGGCUGUGAUGAUGAGGCGAGCCAAAGCAUGA